ACCUGCAAACUUUAAGCAGAGUAUAGAAAACCUUUUAUUAUUAGGGAGCAAGAAAUAGGGACUGUGGAAAGCCAGAGCUACCCACUUUGAGUAAAAGUGAGUACAGUUUUAACUAACAAUGUGCAAAUUCAUCACCAAUCAAUGAGUGUAUCAAUUGUCUUAGGUGCCGCGGUAGACCCAAUAGAAAAGCAUUAUUGUGAAUCAUUGUUUAGAGAAGUUUAUUGCCGAUCCAAUUUCUGACUGCUCAAAAUUAAAGAACGAAACUUUUUUCUGUGACUCAUCAAGGAGACGUUAAUCCGUUUCACGUUGUCUGUGUAAAACAUAGCAAAGUAGGUAAUGUGGACCCGAAAGUGGACCAGUUCUAAUGAAUACAUUCAUCGCCUUUCUAUCAAAGCAGAAGGGAGAUUUCAAAAAUCAAAUGACAAACGGUGUACAGUAAAAUAACUUUAUGGAAGUCGAUGGCGGACUCUUGGUUCAAAUUCUUGCUAAAGAUUGAAAAGCAAGAGAAAAGAAACACCAAGGGUUGUUGUGUACCGAAAGUUAAUUCUGUCCACCCAAAAUAAGUACCUCCCUUUGCUAUCUUUAUAACGUGGCAAAGUUCAUUCACUCGCAGGUUUCAAGAGUGCUCUCUCUCUCUCUCUCUCUCUCUCUCUCUCUCUCUCUCUCUCUCACGAUGUCAAUGAUUAAUGAUACUACCAUUAGUAACCUUGCUAGCGGAAGCACUCUGUGGCAAUAUGGUAGUGAAUUCCAAUUCCAUCAAGCAGUGGCCACUACGGAUGAUUAUCACAGAUGGAGGUCAGUGGCAUCAAGGCUUGCAUUUGACAAUGAAUUGAGAAUGGCAGAAAGAUACGCAAACACAGAUGAUGAUGGCCAUUAUAGAAAGAAUCACUUUCCCGAUAUGUUACUCAAGUUUUCUGAGAUGAAAAUCCAGCAUCCUUUUCAUGGGCAGCAGCCUGAUAAGUGGCACAAGACGCUGCCACCUGCAGAAAUGCUGCCGAGGAAUGAGGUCUUGGGAGGCUUCAUUUUUGUUUGCAACAAUGAAACAAUGCAAGAGGAUCUCCGUCGCCAACUCUUUGGGCUGCCUCAGAAAUAUAAGGACUCUGUUAGGGCAAUAACCCCUGGCCUACCCCUUUUCCUUUACAACUACACAGCACACCAGCUGCAUGGAGUAUUCCAGGCUGUGAGUUUUGGAGGGUCAAACAUUGACCCAACGGCAUGGGAAGACAAGAAGUGCAAAGGAGAAUCAAGAUUUCCAGCACAGGUUAGAAUUCGAAUCAAGAAGAAAUGCAAACCAUUAGAAGAAGAUGCAUUUAGGCCAAUUUUGCACCACUACGAUGGCCCAAAGUUCCGGUUGCAGCUCACCGUGCCGGAGGCACUUGGAUUGUUAGACUUGUUUACAGAAGAGGAUUUUUACAAGGAUACAUAGCAGAAUUGCUGCAGACUGGAGCUCCUUAAAGAUCACAUGACAUCUAUAUAUAUAUGUAGGAAUAGACAAGGAUCCUCAGGGACCUGUUAAAGGACUACUACACAUUGAGAACCGGAUCAUGAUGUUCAGAACUAAAGACUGAAGCAAAGUCAGCUAUCUCUCAGACUUGUAGAAUUGAAAAUUUGAAUUAGUGUAUUAUUGAUGUUAUCAUGUGCUGCCACAAAA